GGGAGGAGCCGCUGGCUCCCUAGGCCCCGCCAGCGCGAUGAUUCUCGGCCGUCUGAGUCGCCUGCUGAAGCCGGCGCUGCUGUGCGGAGCCCUGGCUGCGCCCGGCCUGGCGGGCACGAUGUGCGCGUCCCGGGACGACUGGCGCUGCGCGCGCUCUAUGCACGAGUUCUCCGCCAAGGACAUCGACGGGCGCAUGGUUUGCCUGGACAAGUACCGGGGCUUCGUGUGCAUCGUCACUAACGUGGCCUCCCAAUGAGGCAAAACGGACGUGAACUACACUCAGCUCGUCGACCUGCACGCGCGCUACGCUGAGUGCGGUUUACGCAUCCUGGCCUUUCCCUGCAACCAGUUCGGGAGGCAGGAGCCAGGGAGUAACGCAGAGAUCAAAGAGUUCGCCGCUGGCUACAACGUCAAAUUCGAUAUGUACAGCAAGAUCUGCGUGAACGGCGACGACGCACACCCGCUGUGGAAGUGGAUGAAAGUGCAGCCCAAGGGCCGGGGCAUGCUGGGGAACGCCAUCAAGUGGAACUUCACCAAGGCGCUGGGCCCUGUCCCACACUGUGCCCCCGCAGUUCCUCAUCGACAAGAACGGCUGUGUGGUGAAGCGGUACGGGCCCAUGGAGGAGCCCCUGGUGAUCGAGAAGGACUUGCCCUGCUAUCUCUAGCUCCACAAGCGCCCCUGCCCGCGCCUGCCCGCGCCCUGAGCCUUCCGCCCGGCACCCAUGACGGUCUGCCUGCAAACCAGCCCGCUGGUGAGGCAGCCCUGAGGACCGCGUGCACCCGCCGGAGGAAGGUCCCGGGCCGCCGGGCCCUGCGCGCGCCCCCGCACCCUGGCUGCCUCGUGGGAAUAAAACUUGGAAACCCGCUGCUGCCCUUCUGUGGUGGGGGAGGGGCUCCCCGGGGCCCGCCAGCCCUGCAGGCUAAUCCCAGGCUAAUCCCUAAUCCCGCUGCCAGUUCCUGGGGGAAACCAUCGCUGACCCCUGACCUGGAGGAGGCAGCUGCUCGUGCCCUGAGGGCCCCAGGACCAGCUGGAGGACGGGGGCAGGAGAGGUCCUGGGGGAGGGGCCCACACCCUUCCAUGGCUUCAGGGGAGGGCCUGAGCCGGGCAGCCCCACCCAGGGCGCCAGAGGAGCGAGUGGACACCGACUGGACACCGAGGGGUGUAGGCAAAAGGCACAUAUAUUUAAAAAAGGUCUUUUACAUAUAUACAUUCGAGUUCAUUAUAAAUACAGACGCCGCCACAGCGCCGGCUCCGGCCGCAGCCGGGAAAGGCGGGCAGGCAAUAACUUAG